AUGGAAGGAGAAAGGAGCAAAGUGCGCGCUAAAGAUCGGCCUAAAAUUUUGCAGAAACAUGCAGUGACCGGACGCGCACUCCUGCUCACAUUCGAUGCCUUCUCAACUCUUUUCCACCCUCGCCGACCAGUCUCGGAGCUAUAUGCAUCGGUUGGCCGUUCCUUUGGGCUGCCUGAAUCCAAGCUGACAAGUACACGAUUGGAAAGUGCUUUUAGAACUGCGUUCAAAGCGCAGAGCAAAGCUCAUCCGAAUUAUGGUCGUGAUGAAGUUCUUCGUGGACAAUAUGGAGGUCCCCGACAAUGGUGGAGCGAUUUGCUGAAAGACACCUUUUCCGCGGUGUUAAAUGAAAAUACGGACCUUCCUAACGGGAUGAUUGAGAAAUUACUUGAGGUCUUUGCUAGCAAAGAGGGUUACGCAUUGUACGACGAUGUGGAGCCGUUUUUCAGGGGACUUCAAAGCUUUAAAGCAGCAAACAAUGUAUUUGAUUAUAUUGUUACCGGAGUCAUUUCGAAUUCCGACGACCGUGUGCCGGCUGUCUUGAAAUCGCUGGGCUUGUCGAUAGGCAAUACGCGUGCUGAUAGGGAUCGGUCGAGCAUGGAGCUGCCAGGUUUCGAGCAAAGUGACACAAAUGCAAAGCAUCCUUAUUCGGCAGAAAAUGAUAUCGAUAUGGUUGUAACCAGCUAUGAAGCUGGCCAAGAAAAACCACAUCGUUUGAUAUAUGACAUUGCAGCAAGACAAGCCAAGCAUUUCUUAGCUGCGGCGACUACCUCUGACAACGAUUUUACAUGGACACGUAUACACACAGGCGAUGAUCUACAGAAAGAUUGUAUCGGCGCAAAAGAUGCUGAAUGGACGAGCUUUCUACUGACUCGAGAUGUGCAGAAUGAAAAACGCGAUGCGAGACUAUCGGUGAUAGUAUCCCAAUCAAUAGGGACUCUUUGCUGA